GGAAGCGGAAGUGGCGGCGCGGGUCCUGGCGCCGUUGCCGAGCGCCGGGCGGAGGCGCGGGCCCGCGGUGGCGGCUGCGUCCCGUCGCUAUGAGCGCGGCCGGGUUGGUGUCUGCCACGCCGCCGGCCCCCGCUCCGCCUGGGGCGCCCGCCAGCGCCAUGCCCCCCGGCCCCGAGUACUACGAGGAGGAGGACCUGGAGAGCGCGGAGGAGGAGGACGGCGAGCGGAGCGCUCGGGCCCGCGAUUCCGAUGAGGAUACUGAGGAUGCCAGUGAAACAGACCUGGCAAAACAUGAGGAAGAGGACUUUGUAGAAAUGAAAGAACAGAUGUAUCAGGACAAACUGGCAUCUCUUAAGAGGCAGUUACAACAAUUGCAGGAAGGUACUCUUCAGGAAUAUCAGAAAAGAAUGAAAAAGUUGGACCAGCAGUACAAAGAAAGGAUACGAAAUGCAGAACUCUUCCUCCAGCUGGAAACAGAUCAGGUGGAAAAAAAUUACGUCAAGGAAAAAAAGGCAGCAGCAAAGGAAUUUGAAGAUAAGAAAAUUGAGCUUAAGGAAAAUUUGAUUGCAGAGUUGGAAGAGAAAAAGAAGAUGAUUGAGAAUGAAAAGCUAACCAUGGAAUUAACAGGAGAUUCAAUGGAAGUGAAGCCUAUUAUGACAAGGAAACUGAGGCGACGACCAAAUGAUCCAGUUCCUAUCCCAGACAAGAGGAGGAAACCUGCACCUGCUCAGCUAAAUUAUUUGUUGACUGAUGAGCAAAUAAUGGAGGACCUGAGAACGCUGAAUAAGCUUAAAUCACCCAAGAGACCAGCCUCUCCCUCUUCUCCCGAACACCUCCCAGCUACACCAGCAGAGUCUCCAGCACAGCGCUUUGAAGCCCGGAUAGAAGAUGGAAAACUCUACUAUGAUAAGAGAUGGUACCACAAGAGCCAGGCUAUUUACCUGGAGUCUAAAGAGAACACUAAGAUCAGCUGUGUGAUCAGUUCUGUGGGCGCCAAUGAGAUCUGGGUGAGGAAAACCAGUGACAGCACAAAGAUGAGAAUCUAUCUGGGACAGCUGCAGCGAGGUGUUUUUGUGAUUCGUCGACGAUCAGCUGCCUGACUGUAUGCUCUUCCUUGGUCUUUUUUUUUUUUUUUUUUUUUUUUUUUAAAACUGAUAGACAAACCUCUAACAGAGAAUGGCAGUCUGUUCACUCAUCUUAGCGGCAGAGAACACUUGUCAUGACCUCUUAACGAGACAGUUUGUGGCUGGCCACAUAAUCCCCAGUAGUCCUUAAAUCUUUAGUGAUACCCAAGCACUGCCCUGGACUAUUUCUGGAUUCUGCAUCAAGCUUCCAUAUGCUUUCUUUAUAUUUUGGGUGACUAUUUAAGAAGACUUUGCGUCAUACUUUUUUCAUCAUUGUUCUAUGAUGCAUAGAUGGGACUCAUAUGUUGAAAACAACGUAACAUUUAUGUUUUGAAUCAGACCAAUGGAAAAAGCUUUGCUUGUCAAGACCUGAGGUUAUUCGUUCUUUUUAGUAUUGUUUUCCUGUGAGGCUCAGGAUGUGGGCAAAAAGGAAUUGUUUUUGCCAGGUUUCGGCUGCAGCUGAGAGGUGCGUCUGUAAUACCUGGUUUAUGACAUCGGCUUUAUUGGAUAAACUCUUUAAAGCCUUGAGCACUGAGGCUUUUUUAAGAAAGUGUGAACAGCUUAGAAACUGCUGAGAAUCCAGUUGAUUUUAAUGUAGUUAAGCAGUCACGCGUGGUUAAUCAGAAGCUUCCGUUUCUCUUGACAUUAAAAACCCCUUCAAUGAACAAGCAAGGAGUAUGUCUAUUUGCUGAAGUCAAUUACCUAAAAUAGGCAGAUGAGUAUAAACCAAAGGUUUAAUUAACUGGACUUUCCAGAUAGUGAGAAUGUAUGUAUGAGUAUAAUCACUCAUAUGUAGGCAGACAAAAGGUAAAUUUCACUCCUUACUGAUGUUUAGAGUAACAGAUUAUGCUGGAAUCCUGCUGACAGAAGAUACUGGGUCUUUUCUAUCUUCCAUAGAAGUCUGGUACAAAGUAGAAAGCAGCAUUGAGGUGAUCUUAGUAUGUAGCUGAGACUUUCAUUCCCUAAAAUGUCGUGUGAAGGCUUCCCUUUGAAGGGUAUUUUAAUUACUGGAGAUAACAGUGGGUUUCUACACUUGCCCUCCAAUAGCACAAGUGAAAAUGUUCAAGUAAUGUACUCCCAAAAUGUUUAAAGAUCUGACUCUGGCAGUCCUUUAUUAUUACCAAGCUUUUUCUGAUGGCUGAAACCACCAAUGCCAUCUGUGACUGCAUUGGCAUGAGCUACACUGCGCUGGCAGUGCUGUCAGAUCUUAGCGUUUUGUGCAAAAAAACAUUGUGCUCAUUUUGAUUACUGGACAAAAAGUAACAAUUUCUGCCUUUAUAGUAUUUGUCACUUUGAGGCAUUUUUUGGUUUUGCUUUUGAACGACCUCCUUGUUGAGCAUCGGUUGGGUCUUUCUUUCAUCUCUGGAUAAGUGGAGUAUUUUAAAUGACUGUUUCCAUUUCUUUUACUUUACUGCAGUUGGGUGGCAGUCACAUCCCAAUAACUGAUGUGUGUACGCUGAUCUGGUGUGAGGUGUUAUGGCUGAGUUUCUGGGGUGUUGCCUCUGUGGCUGAGACACCUUACCUAUUUUUACUGAGUUUAGAGUUUCAACUGGAUCUGGAGCUUUGGCAAGGAAAAGAGAAGGUGUCUGUUUCCCACCCCUUGAAAAUGUGCCAUCUUUGCUGCAGCGUUAGUCAGGUGGAAAGUAGCAGGCUGUGUUUUGUCAAGUUAACAGCAUACUUAAUAUAAUUUAGCAUUCUCUGCACGUGUGACAGGUUUUUAAUGAGGUGAUGAUGUACCAAACAGGAUUUGUCACUGAGCCUUAAAAUGAACAUCACAGUUCUUCUAAUAAAAAGUGCUAAGUAAAUAGCAGGAUUUAUUUCCUACCUAUAUCAUUUUAUCAAUAUGUAUGUUUGUGGAAAUAGCUGGGAGCUUUGGAUCAGUCUUGGGGAAAUAUCUUGUCAUCCUGCUAACAGUAGGUGAUCUCUCUGUUUUGGGGUAACUUUAAAGGUAUUGGUAGAAGCAUGGAAGUGCAGCAGCUCUUUUGGAGCUGGGCAUGGCAUAGGUGCACAUUGUGUAAGCUUCAUUAUGUAGCUUCAAUGCCACGUCUUAGUCUGAAUCAACAUCUCGCCAUCCCUGUUCCUUGGCAGAAACAGGAAAAAAAUAGCUGCUUUUGCAGCCAAAAGCCUGGCUUUGCAUCAGCUGUGGUCUUACGUUGCAGGUGUUAGGAGGGGAGAUGAGGUGGGGUGGGGGACACACUUCAAGUUCACACCCUCAUCAGGUGUGAAGAGUCUUCUGGAAGUGACUACCUGUGGGACUGUUACACCAUUUCCCUCUUCUGUAACCCCUCUGUGGACACGCAGCUGCUGAGAAAGUUACUGUUGUGAUAAGAUGGUGAGGUGUUGCAGACAAUCAAGGAGUGUGCAAGUCGUAGUGGGAGAAAACAAGCUCAGAAAGAAUGAGGACAGUGGGCAGCCAGGGUGGGAAGGAAGAAAUCUAACAGUACGGUUGUAUUGACUGGGGAGGUGGGUUACAUAAACUGAUACUUAUUCAGGGCAGUAUUUCAUAUGGAAGUUGUCAAAACUUGAUCUCAAACUCUUUACUCUUUCACACCGUUCUUGAAUCUCCAGGAGGGAUGUAUGAGAUUUGUACAGCUUCCUUCUGUCAGUUCCUUGCUCACUACCAGUUCUCCAGUGCCUCUGGAUCAACCUUUGAAUGAGAAUUUCUGCUUUUGACAGUCCUGAGUAGGGGCUUGGUGCCCUCUUUGCUCAAAUUUAGCUGCUACACUGAAGGUAUUUUGUUUUAACGCUACUUCAUCCUUAGCUUCUUAUUUUAAUGAAAUGGAAGUUUUUCUUGCCGUCGUUGAUCACCAUAAAAAGUAGAUCUCUCUCCUAAAAAAAAUAAAUACAUGAAUAUUGUAUCCUGUUUUUUCAAGCAGGCUGUUCUGUAAUGGCCUGUGCCAUUUACAAGGCUGGAAAUAAUAAAAAUGCAGUGCCUUACUGUGCACUCAGGGAAGCCGUACAGUUUUUUAAUCCUAGAAGGCUGUUCAAAAUGUGUUGUGGUAGAAAUGAAGAUUUCCUGCCACUGGUUGGAAAAAUGGAGACAAGUUACUCAAGGAGAUGGACAAGGUCUUGCUUAAAUUCCAAGAUAAAAUUGGCUUUUCCGUCUGCUAUUUGCCUGUCUAACAUCAGUCUUCUGAAGAAUUCAAACCGUCAGUGAACAGAAAUGGCUUUGCUACAGGUAUGAAAAGACUUAAUCCUCAUUAUGAACAGAGUUUAAAGCAAAUUUAAGAAAUGGUUUUAACUCCCAGUUGUAGUAAUUUUAAAGAAAGAUGAACCAAAAAUAGACUUUAUUGAGGGUUAAAUUGUAGUCUGCUGUUGACUCAGAUUAAGCAUUGUUUUUCGUUGCCUCGAGAAAUUGACUGUGGUGUUGAUCAAGUGUAAAAUAAAAAAUUCCCCCCUCUCCAGCCAUUAGAUGUUCAAACGGGUGGGAAGCCAGAUCAGUGAACGAACUUCCAGUGGCUUUUUGAUAGUAUACUCACUGAAAGGUUUUGAUAGAGGCUUUUUCCUAGGAUGAAUGCUAAUAAAAGAAUUUGUCUUUUUUA